CUUUCUCAUAUGCACCUCCUCCCUUGGCCGUAAGUCGUCAAUCCCAGCAGCUUUUUACUUCCUGCCGACAUAUCUACUUCCUGCUCUUUGCCACUUUGCAUCUCACAUAUCUGUGCUCUUCAUCCUCCAAACAUCCUUGAUCGUAUUGUCUACACUCAAUCGUUGUGUUGUUUUGGGGAUUUCACUCUUAGCAGGUAAAGUCAUCAAGCUUCGGGAAUAAUAUCGCCUCUCGCGACCAACAACAACCAUCUCGGAUACGUCGGUAUCUCUCAGCAUCUCUUUGCCGACACCCACAGUCCGGAAAGCUACCACCACUGAAGCUGUGGCUGACAUCCUCGGACUAAUAGUCAGAGUUUACCACAGUAUGCCGCCUUUGAGGACUACAACGCCAGCCAAGGCCAUCAAGACCGAAAGAACGCAUGAGGAGAACCAGGAAAGAGCAUACAUUGCUGCGUCAAGGAGAAGCGAUCGAAGUCUAGAGGCUCGAGUAGAAUCAGCACGAAGAGCUUCCGAGAUACACAAACACCGCACUGGUCGCUCACUGCGUGUCACUGAACAAGAUGUCAUCAACGAGGAGAUGUACGAAGAGGAGGAUGACGAUCUGCCAAUGCAGUACCGUCGGCUUACAGCACAUCUUCAGACUGGUUCAGCCGACUUCAAUCGAAGGCUAGCAGCAUACCUCACCAACCAAGUGGCAAUGCGGACCGCAAUGGGGCAGAUGGUGCACAACUCCUAUGGACAAUACCCCAAUGCACCAUACCAACAGAAUUCGAAUGUGUUUCCAUCCCCUAUGCUACCUCCCCAGAACAUAGUGCAGUCACCACAAUCUAACUAUCGCUCCUCGCCUUAUCCGAAUCCUCACCAUGCCAACUUCAGGUCGAAUCACGGCAGAGCACAUUCCAUGGCAUCAGUACCGAACCAGAACCAAGGCUCAACGUCGCCACCGACGACCUCCGAAACUACCAUGGUCGAUCAACGGCGGAUGUCGACUCCAGCUGCCAUCAAUCACAGCGAUGCCAAAUCAGACUCGGAGUACAUGAGACAAACUCAGUCCGCCACCAACUUUCCGCCACUCUGGCAAGACAUGGGUCCGUUCACCACGUCUCUUCCACCUGAGUCACAGCAGAUGCUUGCCCACGCGCCAGGCUUCGACUCCAAUGACCCCAGCUACGCCAUGCUGAUGCAAGGUUCGGACCAGUACAUCUCGGACCCGUACUACCCAUGGCACGACAUGCAAGGUGGCAUCAAGGGCAUGCCUGUCCACCCAUCACACUACCCGGGCAUGUCAGCGACGCUGGCACCUGCGGCCCUCGAGCAUGGCGUUCGCGAUAGCAAAGUGGAUAACACCACAGCCACGACUACAAGCUCGACGCCUGUGGCCAUCAACCAGCCGCUCACACCUAGCGCGCCCUCAGCCGGGCUGGACUUCAACUUCAGCCAAGAUAGCAGAGGGUUCGGUUUCGGCGGCGCCGGUCUGGGUUCGGGACAGGCGACGCCCGCAGGAGAGGGUUUCUGGGACCACUUCGUCAUGGAUGGGUCCUGGGAGGAUGGAGUCGACAGCACCACUCAUGCAAACACACCGCUCGAGGGCGUAGGAGGGUGAAGUUGAUCGCGCUAGCAUCCCCAGCUUCUGUCCCAUAUUACCGACAUCCACUUCGGUACUCCGGGUUCACUACUGGCCAUCCGAGGCGCUUUUCAAUCUUUCCCACAAAGUCAUCAUAUUUAUAUCGACAUUUUUAUCAGUAUGAGGAUGCAUGAGCACGAAACACGAACUUGAUAGUGGGUUUUCCUUGGCGGUCCAGGCGUUUCUACGUUGCCUUUGACUUACCGAUCCGGUGUGGCUCUCUCUCUCUCUCUCUCUGACUUCGCGUCAUGAUCGAGUGCUUGCAAGGUGUACUUUAUAAUUCGACCUCGACCAACGUCCCUAUCAUCUUCUUUAGGGUUCAAAACUCCAACUUCCUGUCCCAUGGUAAUCUACCCGGGGUGGGACAUGUUCUUAGGGGACGGGGUUCUGCGGCGGCCUUUUUCCGAAGUGGUGUCGUCUUACGGCUUUUUAUGGACUAUGUUAUGUCAAUGCCAGAGCAGCGUCGUGGCGCUUUCAUGUACUCAGGUGGGCAUAUUUGGCACCAAUUUUAGGGUGGUUAAUCUGAAAUGAUGGCAAUGGUAUGAUGAUAGGUAAUCUGAAUGGUACUGGCAAGGGUAUGGCGAGACGAGUAGAGGAGGACAUAGUCAGAAAAGACAAUCGGUCUCGAGUGGUGGAAGGACAUGGGUGGCUUAAUUUUUUGGGCGUUGGGGGGUUGGGUGCCAUCGGGAAGAUGAAGCCAACAGACAACAGACAACAACGAAAUUGAACAGCGGAUUCGCAUGGUGAAGGAAGCAUGGAGAAACAAAAGUAAGGAAAUUUAGAAAAGAA